UUUGUUCUCUAAUGACAUGUACGUGCAUACAAAAAAAUAAAUAAUAAUAAUACAAGUUAUGGUCAACUGUAGUUCAUGACUUUCUUUGUAUAGCGAAAUGGGAAGGGCUCCAUGCUGUGAUAAAGUUGGGUUGAAGAAAGGUAGGUGGACUUCUGAGGAGGAUGAGAUUCUAAUCAAGUAUAUUCAAGCUAAUGGAGAAGGGUCAUGGAGGUCAUUGCCAAAGAAUGCAGGUUUACUGAGGUGUGGGAAGAGCUGCAGGUUGAGAUGGAUUAACUACUUGAGAUCUGACUUGAAGAGAGGAAACAUUUCUAGUGAGGAAGAUGAAACCAUCAUAAAGUUGCAUUCUUCUAUGGGGAAUAGAUGGUCUCUAAUAGCUAGUCACUUGCCUGGAAGAACAGACAACGAAAUAAAGAAUUACUGGAACUCUCACUUGAGCAGAAAAAUUCACAGUUUCAGGAGGUCUUCCAGUGAAACCCUACCAAUGGUCAUGGACUCAUCCAAGGCAGACAUUCCUCCAAAGCGAAAAGGCGGUAGAACUAGCCGAUGGGCCAUGAAAAAGAACAAGACCUACUACAUCCAAAAAGAUGUUCCAAAGAUUAAACCUAAAGAUAGUCCUCUUACUCCAAAUAUUGAAGAAGUCUUAUUGCUUCCCACACCAGAUUUGGAGCAAGAGACCUUUUCAAGUACUACCAUAAAUGAUAGCAUGGUGUUGGAUCCAAAGGUUAAUGAUAAUGAGAGAGAAAGCCUGGUUCUACGUUCUGAUGAGGCGUGGAAAUGUGAGAACCAAAGGUUGUAUGCUAGUGGUGAGAAAAAGACUGAAACUUUAGUACCAUAUGAUCAUGAUCAGGAAGGAAUUGAUGGUGGUGUGUUUAAUGACAUAGUGGACAACGAUUUGCUGGAUCCAGAUGGGGUUUUAGCUCUGACUGAGGGAAAAGGAGGUUAUGAUAUCAUUGAUUUUAAUGAUGGGAAUGACACUGGAUUUAUGUGUGCAGACAAAAUGGUAGCAACCCAUGAGGACUUGCAGGAGAGUGGUCAGUUUAGUUCAAAUGGAGAUAGUGGGGAGUGGUAUUCAUGCUCUUCAAUAACUUCAGGUUUUGAUGAUGGAGUUGAAAGAGGGAAUGAAAUCUGGGAUGAAAAAGAGAAAAUGUUAUCUUCGUUAUGGGAAAGUGAUAAUUGGGAAGGGGAUAGUUACAAUUUGUCAGAGAUAGAUUCUGAUACACAUGAUGCUAUGGUUGCUUGGCUUCUAUCCUGAAAUGCUUUUUUUUUUCUUCGAUCCUCAAGAGUUUUUAAGGUAAUUCCAUCAUAAAAUCUUAUUCAUCCAUUUUGAAAUAAAUGGAUUAAAUUUUGCCAUAUGUACAAUAAUCUAAAUAGAUUAUGCGGUAAAAUUUAAUUCAUUUUUUCAAAAAAGUUAAUUAAUUCAUUUUAAAAUAAAUGAAUUGGAUUUUAGAAAUUCAGUGGUGGAAUUAUCUUAAGAUUAAUCUUCUUUUUUUUGUUUUUGUCACCCUCUCUCUCUUGUGUAAAAGUUCAUAGUUGAGACUCUUGAGAGUUCAAGACAUCUUCAGAUUUGUUGCAAAGUUUGAUUGAUAGAAGAGUUAGAAAGUCUCCCUCAAGUUCCAUCAUUGUUAAUUGUUUGAAGGACAAUGGAAAAUGAAUUCCAUUUCCAUUUUUCCAAAUUUGGACCGGCCAUGUGCCUGGAAGUAACUAUCUGUAACCUGUCAGUGUUCAUCUAGCUUUCUGAGUUUGAUUCAAUGAUGGAUAUUCUUUUGUGCUC